AUGGCUGAUGCUGCUUAUGAUCAACAAUUACAUCAAGCCCAAGAGGCAUUCGAUGCAGGUAAGUUUAGCGAUGCAGAGGGUAUCCUUGAAGGCAUGUCGCCAGAUGACUUAAAGAUUUAUUGCAAUCUAGUAAUGGUUCAAUAUUUACAAGGGAAGUUGGAUAUUGAACAGGCAAUUACCAAGCUAGCACCACCUUCCGGCAGUUCGGAUGUGAUGACGAGGGGCAAUUAUAAAAAAAACAGUGCUCCCAAAACACGAAACAUCACCUUAUUAUACGAAGGCCACGAGACUGCUUUCUAUAAUUGUGCAGUUCUUUACGCACGCGCUGGGCUGGUUCUAGAAGCAAGUGCGAUUUUGAGAAGCAUACUGGCAAUGUCCAAGCACAUUUCGUUGAAAGUCUUAACGUAUAGUUUAUGUCUCUUGCACACGGUUACACGACCUGCACCCAAGCUGGGGGGGUCGUUUCGUAGUAAGGAAGAUGAGGACUUAAUCCAAAGUGUGCUUAACGAUCGCAUGGAGGAAAUCACAAAGGACGCGGAACUCCUCGCUUUGGUGACUGCAGCUUUCUCCGAUUCGAGUAGCGUGCAUGAAGUUUUUAAGAAUACGAGCAAUAAUCCCAUAGAGCAGUCGAUAUAUCUUAAUAAUUUAGGAGUUUUUUCGAUGGGGGAUGGGAAGGUCAGCGCUGCAACUUUGUGUUUCAGCAAGGCGAUGGAGGUGUCCGGGCAGCAACCCAACUCAGAAUUCAUUCAGCAGUCUGUUGCUUACAACGCGGCUCUGUGUGCAUUGCUGCAUGAGGACUACGAAGAGGCGAUUAAGCAUCUACUUUCGGUUCAGGCCAUUAUGCGCAUCUCUCCUUUGUUUUGGGUUCGUUUCGCGGAGGCCGCAAUUGGAUUAGUACAGCGCAAUUACCAUGCACGUCAGCGUGAGGAGUAUGAACGACAGCAAUCAGCUUUCAGUGCCCUCCUCCAGACCGGAAAGGUCUACGCCAAUUUUGAGUUUAUGCUCCUCCCAGGCGCCGCGGCAAUUGCAGGGCCGGCUGACGAACCCCCCAAAGACAGUUCUGUGCACGCGGCAGCGGAACAUCAGGCUGCGGUGGCGAUCCGAAACGCUCUUUUUCUUCUUAUUCCGAAAGGGCAUUCUCUAAGCUCCGCAUUGGAUGCGUUCCCCGAGGCGGCGCAGAUCUUACAGCACGCCUCACUCUAUUGGGUGGCGCUCGAGUUGUUUCGCAAGAACUACCAGGUCGCCAAUGAGGUCGGGGAGCAACUACUGAAUACCCACGAAAAGCAUCCCCUUCCGUCUACGGUGCAUGCCACCCUGCUGUCGUACAUGGUGGAGGUGCUCAUCCACCUGAACGACCCGAGCUGUGCGCUGCGGGUGCUGCGUCGCGCCUCUCUAUCCUCGCUCAUCAACAGCCAGUCGACGGAAAGCGUGGAUGCGGCGCAGCGAAGCCGGGUGGAGGUGCUUUUUAUUAAUUUGGCGGUCACCCAUGUCUUGACCGGAUCGUGGAACCAGGCGCAUAUGGUGAUGGAUUCGGUCCUCGGUAAGCUGUACGAGGUGGCUCCAUCGGCGUCAACUGAGUACAGGCCAGAACGGGAAGCCUUGUUUGCGUAUCAGAUGUUGGCCAUUUUCUUAGAUUUAGCACAGGGUAAUCAAGAGAAAGCUUCGGAAUGGCUUAACAAGCUGAACUGGCCCUACUAG